CUCUCUCAUGUGCGUCAGCAAGCAAAUGAGCCAGCAAUGGCCUACUUACCACAAUCCCAUCUUAGGCCGGCUCUGUCAACAACCCGCAUCGUCGUCAGCUCAAACGGAGAGCACUAUUUCGUUGUAGAAAUUACGGGAGCGCGUUCAGGCGCGUCUAUCCGGGAAAGGAUGUUUUCCAAGCUCGCCAUCUCCGAUGACAGACAGUCGAAUUUCUCCAUCUACCAAUCGGAAGUCGGCCACUUUGGCAUUGGCGGCGCGCUCACCGACACACGGCUGUUCGACUUGUGUCACGAACGGGGCGAUUCUUCUGGCUCACUCAAGUUCUUUGUGUCCACUGCCCCGGAUCGGCCACCAUCCGAACCUCGCUAUUCUUACAGUUACACGCCACCGCCAUUCUUCCCCAAUCGCACACCGGUUUAUGCCAACAAUGUCAAUGUGUCUAGACCUGGCGGCCAACCACAGGCCACUCCUUCCGGUUAUCGCAUUUAG